AUGAAAAUGAAUACAAUUCUUCUGCUUUGUGAGUAUUUUGAUCAGCCAAUUAUCAGCAGAAGUGCACCACCGCCACCGCUGCUGCAGCUGCCGGCUGCGUCGACAAUCAACCGUAACGCCUUCUCGUCAUCCCCGUCGGAUCCCACAAAUGGACCUCCCACUUUUGUUGGCGUUACGUGGUCCCCAUUGCUAGAGGCUGCAGGACGUCUUACCAUCGGUCCAACAGCUGCAGGGACUCCCGCUGGGGGCCCGUGUGCCGGUCACCACCGCGGUGGCGGUUCUACAGGUGCCAGCAGGCUUGCAACCCGUUGUGGAAUCCCUUGCGAACAUGCUGGUAGCCGCGUCGUGGAGCCCCUGCGCUGGCCCAGCCGCUGCCAGCCUUGGAGAAGCAGCCCACAGAGGCGGCCGUCGCGGCGGUGGUGCCACAGCCAGCAGCUGUGGCACUUGACGUUAUUAAUCCUGACCAAGACUUCUUAG